CGAUCUUUUCUGACAAGAUCUUGCCCUCACCCAUCCGUUUCUCAAACCUCUUCGAGACAUCCGGAACCCCCUUCCAACCCAUCUGUUUGCACGGCUUUCCCUCCCCAUCUCUUUUAAUCCUCGACAUUUAUCCCUCCCCCAUCCCACCCCUCCGUCCUUCGAAACUUCCUUUUCGGUGGGUUGUAUUAUCUCACGGCGCAGCGCAUCAACUCCUUUCUCGCUCACCUCACGUGUCGCCUUCAAGCUCUUGCUCUCCAGGUCAUUUGACCCGACCGUCGGCGCGUCGCCAGUCCCCGUUUCGUUCUAUAGCUUGACGAGCUCUAGAAGGCCACGAGAGACAUCGCAGAAGAGAAACAUCAAAGCUCUGCUUGCAGACUUGACAACCCGUCGCAACACUUUUGCGCAGCUCCCUGCCCUGCCUUCGCAGCUUGGACUGUUUGUUUGACGGAGAAAGGUUUGAGCUUCUGCAUCCGAAUCGCCUCCCAGAUACAACCUUUGUCUACCAUCAGCUCCUUCCCUCCCUCCUUCUCUACCUCUUUUACUCCCCUAAAUCAUCCAUCUACUGCCUGUCCGCCCGCCCGCUACCUCUCCGCAUCGUCUCGCCUUCCCUCCGCUUGACCUGAGUUUCUCUACGAUUCUCACGAUUUCGGAAGUCAUCUACCUCGGCCCUGAUAGGAUAGGAGUCAUCCUGAACCCACAUCCCGAUCUCUUGUCAACGUCACGACCCUCUCUCUACCCUACGACCUUCAUCCUGCACGAUCAAAGCCACUUCACCGAAGAGAUCUACUCUGAACCCGAUCCCGACUACGCCACUACACCAGCCCGUUUUCCUUUGAAAACCGUUGUGGUGUAGAUAGUCGAAUACAAGCUCUUCUUGAACCUAGACGGAAUCGCGAAAACUUGUGUGAGACAUUAACAGCUAGCCCAUCAUGUCCGCUUCGCCCACCCAGCCCGCAAACUCGGCCAAGCGCCCUCUGGAGGAGACUUCCUCCCCGUCGCGGAGCAACGAUCAACCGGACGCGAAGCGCCCGGCCCUGGACAAGAUCCUGAAGAAUGACGAGGAGGUUGAAAUGGCACAGCCUCCCGAGACCAGCACCAUCCCUACUACGGACACGAACGGCGCAGAGAAGACGAACGGCUCCGAUGCCAAGUCCGAGCAGACCGAUGCUGAGGGUACCGAGACGAAGCCCAUCCAGAGCUCCGUCGCUGGUUCUGUCCCUGCAACCUCGACCCCCUCGGCGAGCCAUGACGAGAGAGAUUGGAUCCACAUCCGCGCCGUCAUCUCUAGCCCGGAAGCCGCCACGGUCAUCGGAAAGGGCGGAGAGAACGUUUCCAAUAUCCGCAAGAUGUCCGGUGCCAAGUGCACCGUGAGUGACUACCAGAAGGGAGCUGUCGAGCGUAUCUUGACUGUCAGCGGCGUUGUCGACGCUGCCGCUAAGGCCUUCGGUCUCAUCAUUCGAACCCUGAACAACGAGCCCCUGGCCGAGCCGUCGAGUGCGCAGUCGAAGACCUACCCUCUGCGCCUGCUGAUUCCUCAUAUCUUGAUCGGGUCCAUCAUUGGCAAGGGCGGCGCUCGCAUUCGCGAGAUCCAGGAGGCUUCUGGCGCUCGGCUUAACGCUUCCGACUCUUGCUUGCCUCUGUCCACCGAGCGCUCGCUGGUUGUCAUGGGAGUCGCCGAUGCCGUCCACAUCGCGACUUACUAUGUCGGUAGCACUCUACUCGAGCAGUUGAACGACCGCUUCGGUGGCCCGGCUGCCUCCGCGUACGCCACGAGAAGUGGCGGCCCUGCCGGCGUUGUCCCCGGUGGCAUGCAGGUCGUCCCGUAUAGCCCGCAGCCUACCACUGGCAACUAUGGCAACCGCGAGAACUACAACCGCAGGCACGACGCCCGCGCUCAGCACCAUGGCCUCCCCGCCGCUCCGUAUGGCGCACAGCCGUACCCCCCUCAUGCCGCUCAGCCGAACCCGGCAAUGCCCAUUCACUACGGUGCGGCGCAAGCUGGUGGCUACGGUGCUGCCGCUCCUAUGCAGCCCCAUGCCGGUGCCGCCGUUCCCCAACCCCACGGCGCUCACCCGGCUCAGCCCAUUCAUGGAGGUGCUGUCGCCGGUGCUCCCUUGACCCAGCAGAUCUACAUCCCCAACGAUAUGGUCGGAGCCAUCAUCGGAAAGGGUGGUCAGAAGAUCAACGAGAUACGCCAGAUCAGUGGCAGUGUGAUUAAGAUAAACGAGCCUCAAGACAACAGCAACGAACGGUUGGUCACCAUCACCGGAACCGAAGAGUGCAAUCGGAUGGCGCUAUACAUGCUUUACUCUCGUCUCGAAUCGGAAAAGCACCGGAUCUAACGUUGACGACGUUUAUGACUUUACUGACUAUCAAAUCUUAGUUCGGCAAACCAAAAUUUCGGGCGGAAUGGUACAGUUUCUUUCCUUUCUCGAAACAUCAUCGCCACAUUUGGGGGAUAUCGGAUCGGUUUCCGGCAGCAGCUUCGCCGUGAAACCCCGGCUACAUCUGGAAAGGGGGACAGGUCUCGAUCAACUUCGUCUGAUCAAUGGUGCUUUUAGAGGAGGUACUACUUUUAAUAGUGCACUACUCUCUUUUACUUUAUCCAUUCUCUAGCACAUCUUGACUCCCUGCAC